UCCGGUUUCUAUUCCUAGAAAAGCAUCACAAUGAAUAGUUCACCUAAAAUUACUUUUGCUUUGUUCUCGUUACUUUUAUUGUUAAGUUCUACUUAUGGAGCACAUUUAUCUCCAAAGUUUUAUGACAAAUCAUGUCCCAAAGCUCUCAACACGAUAAGGGCAACUAUUAAGACGGCGGUGUCACGUGAACGUCGCAUGGCUGCAUCCCUCGUUCGUCUUCAUUUUCACGAUUGUUUUGUUCAGGGUUGUGAUGCCUCGAUCCUACUUAGCGAACAGGCCACGCCAAAUAGCGAGAGAAACGCCUUGCAGAACAGAGGAUCUGCUAGAGGAUUUGAAGUAGUGGAUGCCGCAAAAGUUGAGGUGGAGAAGAUUUGUCCGGGAGUUGUUUCUUGCGCAGAUAUUCUCGCGGUAGCUGCACGAGAUGCUUCUGUUGCCGUCGGUGGUCCUUCAUGGGCCGUCAAACUAGGCAGAAGAGAUUCCAAAACAGCAAGUCGUGCACUAGCCGAAAGAGAUUUGCCACUUUUCACUAGUAGCCUUAAGGAACAUAUUUCUAACUUUGCUAAGAAGGGACUCAACGCGAGAGAUUUAGUGGCAUUAUCCGGAUCUCAUACUAUAGGACAAGCACAAUGUUUCACAUUCCAUGACAGAAUAUACAGUAAUAGCACAAUCGAUGCAGGCUUUGCCCGAAAGCGUCAACAACAAUGCCCUCGUAACGUGAACGAUGGUCCAUCCAAUUUAGCGCCUCUUGAUUUAGUUACACCUAAUUCGUUCGACAACAACUAUUUCAAGAAUUUGAUUCAAAAGAAAGGUCUUCUUCAGUCAGAUCAAGUGCUUUUCAACGGAGGAUCAACCGAUAAUAUCGUGGUUGAAUACAGUAAGAACCCUUCAAAAUUCAAAACAGAUUUUGCAGCGGCCAUGAUUAAAAUGGGAGACAUUAGCCCUCUCACGGGAUCCAAAGGAAUAAUCAGAAAGAUUUGCAGCACUUUAAACUAA